GUGUAAUAUCUGUGUAUCUCAAGAAGGACAGUAUCGGAAAUCUGAAUCUUGUAGCCUCUCCACGCACAGAUAAUCACAAUUCCUUGGAUAACACCUCAAAGGAGUGUUCAAUGACAAUAUGGCAGAAACUCAAUCAAACAAAAACCAGCAAGAAUGAUCACACAUUUGUCAAAUGGAAUCACAGCCAAUUCACAAAUGUCAUUGAAAGCAGCUGCCAUGGGAACACACGAUUGCAGUCUGAUCUUCAGUACCACCAAGAUGUAUCAUCACUUAUGGAAGAUGCCAAUGGGAACCAACAGGCAAAUAACAGCUUUAAUCCUUGGGGAUUGCAUUGCCACAAACAGCACCUAAAUCGCAUGUCUUCCAAAAAUAAUGAGAAUAAACCUCAUCGUAUCUUUUUUCCUGAAUUAGCCGAACAGUACAGUACACAUGUACAAUUGACAACUUGUACUUUUUAAAGGCUACUAGUAUUAUAAUAAGUAUAAACAUAAAAGGGACAGUAUAUCAAAAGUUUAAGUGCACUAUGUUAAUGACAAAACC